UAUUGCAUUUUAUUUUAUUAUGAUUAUCUUGUUAUCAAACAACAGUUUCUGUUGUCUUUGUCAAACAACAAGGAUUUAAGAGAUCUAAAUCCACAGAAAUGUUUUCCCUUCAUGGCAGCCUAUUUUUCAGUAAUUUGUCUAUCUUCUACUACCACCAGCUUUCUCAUCUGCGCUCAAAUGCUGAGAACUUUAAGAAAGUGAUCUGUGUACUUACCUUUGCUUUACAUUUGAAUUAAUCACUUAGAAACUUAAAAUUAUUGGUUUCUCUUGAGAUAGAUCAUAGUAAUCUUUUCUUGUUGUUUUCUUCCCCACUUUUGUCAGGUGUUAAGUGAUUUCCGAGUCAUAAUGCAGUUUUGUAAUGAGGUACGUCCGUUCUGAGGUGUUGUCUCCUGCCGGUGAUAGUUAGAAGUAGAAAUCUAAACAUUAAUAUUUGCAGUAAAACGGUCAGUACAUUAAACAAGUUCAAAAUGUCCACCAUACAGAUCUGUAGUCUUUUAGAAAGUAAAUGUGAAAUAGCGAAAGCUGUGACAUGAUCAAAUAAGGAAUGAUGACCAAUAUAUAACAUUCAGUUGGGCUUUUACUGCAAAAGUGACCUUCCUACUUAUCAAUUUAUUAAAAUAGUUCAAGUGAGCUGCACUUUUAGUUUUUUUGGUUUGUAUUUACUUUUUUGUGAUGACAUGUCUAGUCUAAAACAGAACUUUCAUUCUACUGUGUCUUUUUUACCUCAUGCUAAUUCCAAGUGGAUGUAAACCUGGAAAUAUCUUUCAUUGUAAGACUGCAUGUUUUUUUCUCCUACUUUUCUGCAUGUUAUUUUCUGGAAUAGUUUGCUCAGACGGAAGUCAAAUAGGUUUUGUUUUGCACUUAUUUGCAUUGUUAUGAAAUGUAUGCCAUCAUGAGCUUAGUGAUCUUAAAAUGCUUCUAUUUGCAUUACCCAACUGCAAUGCAGUUUCAGUUUAUAUUCUUCAUCAAAUGAUGCCUGCUCAAAACCUCUAUACCUUCUUUUUAUUGGUUUAAACUGAACUUUACCAGCCCUGCAUGCUCUUGUGUCGCAUGCUGAGGUCAGUUCUCCCCUGAAACACCCGGAAUGAACUUUCGCAUGAACGCAAUUGCAAAAUAGGGACUCCUUGGUUUGCUUUUGUCAACCUUCACUGCACAUUACCUGCUUUUAUUUACUUCAAAGAUUGGGUCUACCAGUAAAUAUAAUUACAUAAGACCCCACAUUUUCUGAACAAUUACAUACUUUGGAGAACCAAACAACCGGUUGUGGAUGAUGAAACAAAUGCCUGUUUGGAUUGAUGGUCAUUGCUUGGACCGCAAAGAUCUCAUUUUUUAAGAAAGACUGGAGGACUUUGAGGGUAAAACCUCUUAAUAAAUCUACUGACUAUACGAAGCCACACUGAGAUAUACAGAGAUUUUACUUCAGAUGAUGGGAGCGGCACGUAUUAAACGUCGCUUCAGUGCUGUGGUUGAUGGGCCAGUGGAGGAGGAGGAGGUCAUGAGGCUAGCACAAAGUGCAAGGGCAGGAGAGAGUCCAACCGGGUCAGGAAGCCCAAUCAGCUCCUCUCCAAUCCAUGCCCUCAAUGGCAAAGCUCUACCUCUUCAGCGCAACACGAACAACGCACAGACGCAGAGUGCUGUCGGUGAGCCAGCUGGUGAAGAUGCUGGAGGAGAAAGCAGAGUGAGAGCAGGAGGAAUGUGCCCAGGUCCAAGGAAUACCAAAGGCGCUAGUGAAGGUGGGAGAGGGGAAAGAUGUUCUUCAGCAGACCAGGAUUCCCUCUCUUCCCCCUCCACUACCAGCCGGCGACGCACUAAGCGCUCAAACCGCCGGCCCCGACAACGCUUUGUGGGCAAGGACGGACGCUGCAACGUCACCUUCGUCAACAUGAGCGAGAGGGGCCAGCGGUACCUCACCGACCUUUUUACCACGUGUGUGGAUGUACGAUGGCGCUGGAUGCUGGUCAUCUUCACGCUCUCCUUUAUUCUUUCCUGGCUUCUCUUUGGCUUUGCCUUCUGGCUCAUUGCCUCUGCACAUGGUGACCUCUCCAUUCAGAUUACCCCCAGUUCCGGUUCUUCUCCUGGAUCAGGAGAAUCCGGCUCCGGGGGAGAGUCUGAUAGAGAUGCAGUGGUAGAGGAGCCAUGCUUCCUUCAAGUAAACAGCUUCAUGGCAGCCUUCCUGUUUUCCUUGGAGACGCAGACAUCCAUCGGUUACGGAUUCAGAAGCGUGACCGAAGAAUGUCCCCUGGCGGUGUUGGCGGUCGUUUUGCAGUGCAUCGUGGGCUGCAUUAUUGACGCCUUCAUCAUUGGGGCAGUCAUGGCGAAGAUUUCCAAGCCCAAGAAGCGCAACGAGACUCUGGUGUUCUCUGAUACUGCUGUGGUGGCCCUGAGAGACGGAAAACUGUGCAUGAUGUGGAGGGUGGGAAAUCUACGGAAGAGCCACCUGGUUGAGGCGCAUGUCAGAGCACAACUACUGAAGCCAAGGGUGACACCAGAGGGGGAGUAUCUGCCACUCGACAACGCAGACAUCAACGUGGGUUUUGAUACUGGCACCGAUCGCAUCUUUUUGGUCUCUCCUGUGACUAUAGUGCACGAAAUCAAUGAAGAGUCACCUUUUUUCGAGAUAGACAAAAAAACCUUGAAGAAUGACUCUGAAUUGGAGGUGGUGGUCAUACUUGAGGGGAUGGUGGAGGCCACAUCGAUGACAACGCAGUGCCGCAGCUCCUAUCUGGCUUCUGAAAUCCUCUGGGGACACCGUUUUGAACCCGUACUGUUUGAGAGGAAAAACGGCUACCAGGUUGACUAUUCAUUUUUCCACCGGACCUAUGAAAUCCCAAACACUCCGUCAUGCAGUGCAAAAGAGCUGGCCGAGCAGAGGUACAUCGGAAGCUCUUGCUCGUCCUUUUGUUACGAGAAUGAAGUGGCCCUGGAGCUCGCCUCCCCAGAUGAAGAAGCAGAUCGAGAACAUGGCUGUUCCCCCCAACCCACCCGAAGACCAUCCUUGGAAGAACAUCUUCACUGUAACUAAGCAUAAAGGGUAGCAGUCUGCUAAACAGAGAAAAAGCUGAGCUUCAGGGGAUAACACGAAAAAGACAGAGUCAAGCAAGUUUAUUUGGGCAGACCAAGCGAGAAGUGAAAAUCAACUACUUAAGCAUUGCCAGAUUUGUUAGAUUUAUAUUGGAACCCAGUGUUAAACAUGAGAGAGAGGAACAAGUUAGAGAAAGGUUUGGGGAGUUUGGUUACAGCUCUGACCUAGUUGCCUGAUUGGGCCUGGCAGUCUUUCAGAAUCAUUGAAAACUUGUUUAAGUCUCACAACUGGCCCAUCACUUCCACAGCACAGUCAUCUGACUCUAAUCCCUGAUCAGAAGGACGUGCAGCAGCUCCACCUGCUGGCUACAACUCGUCACUGGCUCUCAGUGAUUCUGAACUGAAAAAAUUGCUUCUUUCAGCUGCUGUUGUGACAUAAGUUUGUUGUUACUCAGGAAUGCAUUUUCAAAACUAUGCUGACUUAUCACUUCAGUGUUUCAUUUCCAAUGGUAAGUAUAGUUAGUGUCCUUUCUGUAACGCUGGAGAACGGGUACUUUGGUAUUUGAACAGAAAUCCUCAUUGCAGAACAAAAGUGACAAGGAGAAACUGUUGGAAUCCAGCAGCAGUUUUCAACAGAUUCUCCUUGCUGAGUGUAGUGCAUGCUUUCUACUUUUUUGUUUUGUUUUUUGUGGGAUGUUUUGACUUGCUAUAAUGUCACUGACUUAUUUAAUAUAUUUUGAGUUGAAAUUACUUAUUUGUUUUCAGGAGAGUCUAUGGUAAGGUGUUAAAGCACAGUCGAGUAGAUGAUAUUGACUUUGUCCAGAUGAUCUGUUAAUCUUGCAUUUUCUUGCUCUAAUAUCUUCUGAAUCCUGAUAUAUGAUAUGUCAACAAGAACAUUUUUUUUUGUGAUUCUGUCAUUUUUGGAAAAUGUGCUAACUGAGCAAAGGUGUCAUAAAUUGUGAAGCGUUUCAGUCGCUGCUGCUGGUUCUGAAUUUGACACAAAAGGACUUCAAACUUCAGAAACCUCAGAAAGUUGUGACUCAGUUGACUGGAGUGGGACAGAUUUUAUGAUGAUGGCAAGAUUUUGGUGUCUUGCUGUUUCUGUGUCUGUAAAAACUGUCUUUUAUUUGCACAAGUGGACUGAAACAUCAUAUUUAUAAGAUAUUAAUCUAUUUUAAACUCAAUAAAUUGUGUAAAAGC